GCGGGCGGGGUAUGAAAGUCUUGAAGAACAACACAUUGAUCCGUCUCCAUCCAGGCAGAGAGUUGCUUGUGUGAAUCCCGCGGCUCAGAAGUUAUUCCUCCACCGUCGACUUCCCAACUUCACUCGGACGAACAAACAGGGCAGCUGCAAUGUGGAUUCAAGUGCGCACAAUGGAUGGGAAGGAAACCCACCGGGUGGAUUCCCUGUCCAAACUCACCAAGGUGGACGAGCUGCGUCUCAAAAUCUCGGAGCUCUUCAACGUGGAGCCUGAAUUGCAGCGGCUCUUCUACCGCGGCAAGCAGAUGGAAGACGGCCAUACCAUAUUCGACUACAACGUGGGACUGAACGACAUAGUGCAGCUGCUGGUUAGGCAGAAGAUGACCUCAGUUGAUGUUGUUAAAAGCAAGGACAAAGAGGCCGAGCUCUCUGACUCUGACUCAGGCUGUGGCUCAACUCAGAGCGAGUCUGACAAGAACUCCACUCACGGUGAGGCAGAGGUUCAGGCCGCCGGCACCUCUGCCCAGGCAGUCAUCCCAGAGCUCGUUGAUCUGGGAUUUGGAUUUUACAAGAUCAAUGAAAUGGUGGAUGCAAGAGACUUGAACAUGGGAGCGUGGUUUGAAGCCCAGAUAACAAAUGUUACAAAAGCGCCAAAGAUGCCCAAAGACGAGGCUGCAGAGGCCCAGUCAGCAGAGGAUGAGAUACUGUACCACGUUAAAUAUGAAGACUACCCAGAAAACGGGGUGAUUCCGUUGCUUGCCAAGGAUGUUCGUCCGAGGGCCCGCACCGUUUACCAGUGGCACCAGCUGGAGCCAGGAAUGGUUGUAAUGGUCAACUACAACCCAGAUGACCCCAAGGAGCGUGGCUAUUGGUAUGAUGCCGAAAUCCAGAGGAGGAGGGAGACGCGUACAGUGCGAGAAAUCUAUGCCAAGAUUAUCCUUGGCGAUGCUGGUGACGCUCUAAAUGAUUGCCGUAUCAGGUUCCUGACGGAAAUUUACAAAAUCGAGGAGCAUGGUUCUCUGGGGGAUGCUCCAGCUGGUUCUGAGAGUCCACUAAAAAGAUCAAAUGGACCCGAGUGUAAGACCUGUAAGGACGACCCAGAUAAAAACUGUCGCUUGUGUAACUGUCAGAUCUGUGGCAUCAAGCAGGAUCCUGACAAACAAUUGCUGUGUGACGAGUGUGACAUGGCCUAUCACAUCUACUGCCUGGACCCCCCGCUCACCUCCAUCCCUGAAGACGAGGACUGGUAUUGCCCAGGUUGCCGUACCAAUACUAGUGAGGUUGUGUUGGCUGGAGAGAAGCUGAAAGAGAGCAAGAAGAAAUCAAAGAUGGCUUCCGCCAGCUCUUCCAGCCAGAGGGACUGGGGCAAGGGAAUGGCCUGUGUUGGUCGAACCAAGCAGUGCACUAUCGUCCCGUCCAACCACCACGGCCCAAUCCCUGGCGUCCCUGUUGGCUCUUUGUGGAAGUUCAGAGUUCAGGUCAGCGAGGCUGGAGUCCACAGGCCACAUGUAGCUGGAAUUCACGGCAGGAGCAACGAUGGUGCCUACUCUCUUGUCUUGGCUGGAGGUUACGAGGAUGACGUGGACGAUGGCAAUGAGUUCACUUACACUGGCUCUGGAGGACGAGAUCUGUCUGGAAAUAAGAGGACUGCUGAGCAGUCAUGUGAUCAGACACUUACCCACAUGAACAGGGCACUGGCACUCAACUGCAACGUCCCAGUCAAUGACAAAAAUGGAGCUGAGUCCAAGAGCUGGAAGCAAGGCAAACCAGUUAGAGUUGUUCGCAGCUGCAAGGGGCGCAAGCACAGUAAAUAUUCCCCUGAGGAAGGAAACAGAUAUGAUGGCAUAUACAAGAUUGUGAAGUACUGGCCUGAAAAGGGCAAAUCUGGCUUCUUGGUGUGGCGCUAUCUGCUGAAACGGGAUGAUGAAGAGCCGGCACCGUGGACAAGAGAUGGCAAGGAUCGCAUCAAGAAGCAUGGUCUCAUCAUGCAGUAUCCUGCCGGCUAUCAGAAAGAGAAGGAGAACAAAGAAACAGAGGAGGCGGCGGCAGCGGCAGCAACACCCAGCAAAGCCAAGAGGAAGAGAAAAUCUCAGGGCAGUGACUCCUCUAAGACCUCACCUGCCAAGAAUUCGAAGAAAGUCAAGUUAGAGAUGUACAAGCUUUCCCAGGCGCAGAAGACUCUAAUCAAGAAUGACAAGCCAAACAAGAAGCUGUGGGAUGAAGCCAUGGAGUCACUGUCACUUGGACCGAAAUUUUUGAACAAGGUUGAGGAAGUUUUCGGCUGCAUUUGCUGCCAAGAAGUGGUCUUUCAGCCCAUCACCACAGAAUGCCAACACAACGUCUGCCGAGAAUGCCUGCAGCGGUCCUUCAAAGCAGAGGUGUACACCUGCCCGGCCUGCAGACACGACCUGGGCAAAAACAACCCCAUGGCCAUCAACAAACCUCUGCAGGAUAUUUUACAUCAGUUUUUCCCAGGAUACAGCAGCGGGCGAUGAUCAUUGGCUCAGGUCCUCGAGGAAAGCCGAUGUAAACUGUAAGGGGAAUUUUGACGCAAUAAAGAAUCAGUUUUCUCUUAAUAUAUUUUUUAUGAUUUAUAAAACUACCAUUUUUGUGGACUUCAAUGUUACCGUUUUUCACCUUGGAUCUGCUCUGAUGUGUAGUUACUGAUAAUUUUGAAAAUUCCUUUAUAACAGCCUGUGCCAUUACUCCUCCGCUAAAAUCCUCAGUUGCUGUACUAUGUUUUGUUAUGUUCCAUUAGUUAACGCAAAUGUUAUUCAUGAUGAUUUAAGGAAAGCCCUCCACGUUUAGCACUCCUUAAGAGAACGUUAAGUUGUUUCCCUUUAAUUGUUAGGAGAUUGUUAUUAUUAUUUAGUAGUACAAUGUGGUCCUGUUGCUGGUUGUCAUUUUGAUGCAAUAGUCUCAAUCUGAUGAUGCAGUUGAGGUUUUGUCUCCUGUAGCUUUUUGUGUUGUUGACCAAUGUUUGCAAGCAUCGGUCAGCUACACUAGACUAACCAGCUAAAGUCUUCAUCACAGGUUUCUGCCACUUUUGUUUUUGUCCUGGCAUGAUCCGAUCUUGAAAUUGCAUUGCAGAGUCAAGAGAACAAAGUCGUCUUUCGGAGACAAAAGACGCUUUGAUAGUGAAACGUAGACGAGACUUAAAAACGGAGAACAAACUGAACUAAUUUUUUGUUUUUGUUCUGUGGUUCAACCGUCUCGGAGGAAGUGUCUUGUGGGGGAAACCGUGUCAUCAAACUUGGAUGGAUUUUCUAGCUUGUGUAUUGGUUCCCUAUAUAUUUUCAUAAAGUUAUUUUUAUAUUUGUAUAUGAAGUUUCUCAAAGUUUGUUAAAAAAAGGUUCUAUGAAUUUGGUAUAGAAGCCAAACAGGUUAGAAUUUUAUUCCAUGGCAUAGAUUUGGAAGUCCCCCGUUUUGAAAAGUUUGAAGUCUGAAGGAAGACGCCCGUUUAAUCAAGAGUGUAUUGUAGAACUCCCGUCUAUCUAGCUCUUUAGACCUUGUCCCUGACAUUUUAAGCUGAUUGAGUCUAGACACUUUAUUUUUAAGUUUUUUUUGUUUUGUUUUGGCUCAAAUUUAAAAUGUGUACUUUUUCAUCUUUUAUAAUCUUACUGCCAUCUGUGGGAGGGGGGGGUGUUCAGUCAGAUUUUUGUGUCUCCGCAGGUCACGUGAUCUCAUUAAAGAGGAAAAAACAGGAAAUGCUUGCAUUAAGUUGAAAAUGUUUUAAAUCUCACACUGCUCCUAAAAUUUUCCAUUGAAUCAACUAAAUUAUCCAAAUGUGUCAUUAACUACUUAAACCUCUAAGUGUCUUUUUAAGGAUAAAGUGAUGCUUUGUGUUGAUUUUCAGCGGCAGUGUGUGAUAAUGUCCAUCGACAUGUGCAGCACGUUGAGUUUUUAUACGGAGAGACAAAGAUUGGCAUAAACCGGGAAAUGUAUAUUUUCUAUAAUUGUAUAAUUUUUAGUCCGUUAUGGUUUCUAUAUGUAGUUUUUAGAAAUUGUUGCACAUGUUUGGUGCUAAAAUUUGUCAAUAAAUUUUCUGUGUUCAAUAAAACAGUGAAAUUA